GAUAGGGAGACAACACUAACUGGGUAGCUAUGGAGAUAGUAGGUUUUCCUGGUAGCUUUCUUUGACAGGUGUCGAGUGGGAUAAAAUAAAGUGUCAGAACAGCCUCCAAGAUGUACGGCAAGGGUAAAGGAGCUGUGGUCCCCUCCGAUAGCCAAGCAAGAGAAAAGUUAGCGUUAUAUGUGUACGAGUACCUGCUACAUGUGGGAGCACAGAAGUCCGCACAGACUUUCCUGUCUGAGAUUCGAUGGGAGAAGAAUAUUACAUUAGGGGAGCCCCCCGGAUUCCUCCAUUCGUGGUGGUGUGUAUUCUGGGAUUUGUAUUGUGCGGCUCCAGACCGAAGGGAGACGUGCGAGCACUCCAGUGAGGCCAAGGCCUUCCAUGACUAUAGCGCAGCAGCAGCGCCCAGCCCAGUGAUGGGCAACAUGCCCCCCAACGACGCCAUGCCAGGUGGUCCCAUGCCCCCAGGCUUCUUCCAGGGACCACCCGGCUCUCAGCAGUCCCCCCACGCACAGCCCCCCCCACACAACCCCAGCAACCCCAUGAUGGGACCCCAUGGCCAGCCUUUCAUGUCACCGCGGUAUCCAGGUGGGCCACGCCCCUCACUCCGAAUGCCAAAUCAGCCUCCUGGGGGAAUCCCUGGAUCUCAGCCUCUUCUGCCAAACAGUUUGGACCCGACAAGACCGCAAGGACAUCCUAACAUGGGUGGGCCGAUCAGAAUGAACCCUCCUCGGGGAAUGGCCAUGGGCCCACAGAAUUAUGGAGGCAUGAGGCCUCCUCCCAACUCCAUGGGCGGUCCCAUGCCAGGGAUGAACAUGGGUCCCGGAGGAAGAGGGCCUUGGCCAGGACCUAAUGCUAACUCUAUAGCGUACUCCUCCUCAUCUCCAGGAAACUAUGUGGGUCCUCCCGGCGGAGGUGGUCCACCUGGAACUCCCAUCAUGCCCAGCCCAGGUGAUUCAACCAACUCCAGUGAAAACAUCUAUACAAUGAUGAAUCCUAUCGGACCGGGAGGCAACAGACCCAAUUUCCCUAUGGGACCUGGGCCUGAUGGGCCAAUGGGAGCUAUGGGAGCCAUGGAGCCACACCACAUGAACGGAUCACUAGGGUCUGGGGAUAUGGAUGGGUUGCCAAAGAGCUCUCCUAAUAACAUGGGGGGCAUGAACAACCCUCCCGGAACGCCGAGAGAUGACGGCGAAAUGGGCGGCAACUUCUUGAACCCAUUCCAAAGCGAAAGUUAUUCACCCAACAUGACGAUGAGUGUGUGA